ACAACCGAUUACUAAUAUUUUACAGUUAAUAAAGCAGAUACCUUUUUGUAUUAAUUUUUGCUAUCUGCAUACCCUUUUGUUAACAAACAUGGCGACCCCUGAAACUGUAAAAGACCUAAAAUUAUUAAAAAAGACAAACAUAUCCGUAUUUGUCGAUGAAGUGUUACCAGAUAUUUUAGUUGUAACGUACGAGUUUGGUGUGCAAAUCUUUAAAGGGGUCCUACUCGAUUCUACUAAAAGAAAUCUUCCCUGCGGUGUUCAAACAAUAAACCCAGCAUUCACAGUAAAGUCAAAAAAGCCCGACGAUGAUCCAUUGUAUACAGUUAAUCAAAGGUUCGCAUAUAUGGACCCCAACGCCCCCAAAAAGAAGAACGUUCAGAUGGGCAGCAAAUUCAAGAAUAAUAAAAUGACUGUUAGGCUAAGACCAAGACAAGUAUUAUGUUCAAAAUGUAAAGGUAUAUGCAACGAAAAUUCAGAAAAUAUUUCGAGAAAAAGAAAAAGUGAAGAAGAUCCCUUAGGUUUACCACCUUCAGCUAGAAGAAGUCUAAACGCCCCAAUCACUAGGUCCGUAAAUGUAUUAAACAACAAUAAGAAAAGUUUGAGAGGGAAGGAACCUACACUUGUACCUAGACUUACCAGAUUGACUUUCCAAGAUGAGGAAACGAUAGAGGUCACUACAUCAAUAGCAGAAUUGAAGAAAAUUCAGGAAAGAGUAGACCCGCUAGCUGACACCGAACAGGCGAAACCCAUAACCGUAUCCCCAGAAGUAACUUACACUGAAGAAAUACCAAAUUUAAAGACCGACAAACCCAGCACAGUAUCGAUUUUAAGAAGUAAAAGGAUUUUAAGGAAGAAGAGGAGUGUCAGUACGGACGCCAGUCUAGAGGAAACGAAUCAGCAAGAAAAUACCGGCAAAGUCACUACCCUCCUACCGCCGGCAUCGAUCAGUGAUAAUCAAAACAGUUUCAAUUUGUCGACGAGGACAAUAAAGAUAUCGUACGGACCUCAAGGGGAAGGAACGGUAUUGAAAAUACCGGCGCAGAUCGAUAACAUCAACGACGAUUCAGAAGAAAAUGUAAAUAGUGAAGAACAAAAUAACAGACCAAAGAUUACGGAUAAUAAAGCUGCUAAAAGAGCACUAAAAAAAGCCAAGAAAGAAGCGCGAAGAAAGGUUCUGCUAGGCGGAUCGCCACUCUACCUUGGUGGAGGUUCUCCUAGAUAUACCAUAGGCUCGGCGUCUCCUAGACAAGGCCUAGGGAACGGCUCGCCCCGUUACAUGUGCACAACGUACGACAUGAACCUACCGAGAAGGAGAAAACAUAAAAUGAAACAUAAAAAGAAGCACAAGGAGGAAAAAGAUCGAAAACAUAAAGAGGGAGAAGUAAGCUCGACGCAAGACGACUCCAAAGAACAGUACAUCACUCAAAAACUGUCCAUCAAUUUGAAGCGUCUAAACAAUACUUACACAUCCAGUACGUCGUCGGAUAAAAACGAAGACAUGUCCAGUUCGGACGAACAAAACGAGACAAUGCCCAACUUUCCCCCACCGAAUAAUCCUCCGCUCAUGUUAAGAAUCAACACCCAUUCCGUAUCGAGCGCCGUGGGGGCAGACGGAGUACGUCUGUUAGUGGGCGACGUCGUUUGGGGCAAAGUGCACGGUUUUCCUUGGUGGCCCGGCAAAAUUUUAACUAUGACGACGUCUGGCACGCACGCUCCACAAGCACACGUGGCUUGGUACGGAUCCUCGACUUCUUCUGUGAUGCAAUGUGAUCAGCUCAGCCAUUACUUAGACAAUUUUAAGGUUCACUACAACAAGAAGAAGAAAGGACCAUACAAAGAAGCCAUCAAGCAGGCCACCAGCGAAGCCCGUGAAACCGCCGAAAACAGAGUACGACAACCCCUAGCAGACUCACCCUCACACAAUAUCAUCCAAGUGGUCCCCCCUGCACUAGCCUCGCCUAGAGAAAUUGAUGUAGUGUCUUAACAUUAGGAGAUUUCAAAGACUUGUUUAUAUAGUGCAUAUUUUUAAUAUGAGAAAACGAAAAGGUUAUCAAGAAAGUCACAAUUUGUAUAUUUUCAUGUGGACGUUAGGUAUGGUUUGUGGACAAAAUAUAUGCGCUGAUUUAUUAAAUUUAAGUAAUUUUUUUAAUAUAAAUUAAAUUCAACUAAAUUGUAACCAAAAAUUUACAAUUUCGGUGUACAUAAUCAAUUUUUAACGAAUCAGAUGAAAUCUUGGUAUAUUAAAUAAUUAAACAACUUUUUUGUUGAUGGUUGAAGCACGAAAAUAGUAAUCGACUAGAAAAAUGUUUAUUAUUAGGUUUGUUCCAACACAACGAGAAAUCGUCCAUGUAACGAUCACCGUCCUGCGCAGUAAACAAAGUAACCCAUGGAACGCACGAUCGAUAUUCGCUCUGAGCGUUAACAAAGUGUCAAAGCAAAAUCGACCGACCUGCUCAUGGUGGCGGUUUUUGAAAUUUUAUCAGGACGCUUUGUGUAUGUUUAAAUGAGACAGUUAAAAAAAAUGCCGUGUCACGCUAGUGAUAUUAUGUAUUAAUAUAAACAGAAAAUAAAAACGCACUUAAUCUAAUAUAAAUUCUUCUAUUUCCAAUAUUGAUUAUCAGUUUGAUUUUGUAUACAUAACCUCACUAUCUCAGUUUAUGUCAAUAAAUCUUUAUUAACGAAAAAGAAAAUAUUUUUGUUGCACUAUAAAUUACAGUAUAAAUUAAUAACUAAUGAAUUCUAACAAUAAUUGUAUUCGGUUAUUAUCACUACAAAAUAAAAUAUUCAAGUUUAACAAAAUAAUCCCAUAAGACUCAAUGUUAAAACGUCCUGACAAAAUCUGACAGCGCGUCACGUGACUGUAAGUAGAGGGGAGACGCACGGAGCCAAUACAGACACAGAACUCAUGGAACGUAUUAUUUUAUAGUAAUGUGAUCGUUAUGUGCCGGUUCUUCGUUGUGUUGGAACAAACCUAAUAUCGAAAUCAGCAGGAUUGAUAACCUCAAUGUGACUUUAGUACUUUAUGGAGGCUUACUAACAGGGCUUACUAACAGUAGUAUUUUGCAAAUUACUGCAUUUACUAAUUGGUUGUGCUGUAUGGAUAGUGUGACCAACUAGCCCGAAUUACGAAGUCGUGUCCCGGCGUCCCGGACAAGGCUUCCGGGUCAUCCGAAUUUUCAACGGAUUGAUAAAAUUCUAUUUUCAAAUUUUGAACACGUUAUUCUUUUAAGAAUUCACAUCAAACUGAAUUGGUGGGACGAAAAAAGUCGACAAUUUCUAAUAGUCGACCUAAACUAUCUGUCCAGUUAGUGUAAAGUGUAAAACUAAUACCACAUCAAAAACGCAUGCAUUUUAUUUCGUGGUAUUAUAGUUCUACGAAAACUCAAACUAUGGGUUUUAUCCGUUUAUGUAUUUUAAUUAUCGUCUUCUGAAAAGAGGAUUUAAAAACAUGACAAUGUAAUUAUGAUAAUUAUAUUUUUAUAUUAACCUAAGGUUCUAUUUACAUUGAAGUCCAUCAGUUGAUUUUCUAAUUUUUCCUUCUUUGAGAACGAUUUCCGGAUUGGAAUCCGAAACGUCAAAAACUAAUAAAAGUGUGUUUAUCAUUACAACCCAUCCUAUAAAAAAAAAUCUUUUUAACAUAAAAAUGAUAAAUAAUCAAUAAAAUGAUUAAAGUUCUAUAUUAAAAAAAAUUGCCCGUUUUUCAUGGGAAUGUCCCGGAUUUUAGGUAUUUUUUUUAGCCUUGUCCCGAAUUUGACUGAAUUGGAGUUGGUCACACUAUGUAUGAAUGUCAAAGUUUAGUAAAUCACUUUAUUUCUUGAGAUGCGCCAAGAAUAAGACCAAACAAGCAGCAACAAAGAUGGUAGCUGCGGCCACUACUUGCUUUGCCACUGCGCACACGAAAAUGACAUAACCUGAAAAUUGCAAAGCUGUAGAUGCCGUCUCCAUAAAAUAUUACAGAACAGCCACCAAACGUGAUGCUAGAAGAAAUUUUGACACUUUUAAACCUCCCUCUGCACAUAAUCUAAUUUUUAACCACUUAACGGCACUCAGAAAAGAGAUAAUAUCCGAUAAACUUGUCGAACCUCCUUAACAGCCACCAAACGUGAUCCUAUACAUCAAAAAGGUCUCAAUAAAAAGUUCAGCUGUCCGAUUUUACCUAUGGUAUUGCUCAAUCACAAUCAAAGUCGACUGUAAUUUGACAAGAUUUGCUUGCAACGGUGCAUUUUUUGUAAAAAAAUGUAAACGGCGCAAUUUUGUCCACGAAUAUAUACAAUGUCCACACAAACACAUUCUUAAUACACUUAUUCCUGUAUCGUCUAGUGUAUAAGGGGAUUUUAUCAUGCAAAGGGUACUCUAUUUCUAAUUUUGUAAUCUAAUCUGAGUAAAUUACUUCAUACAAAACCAUUACAUAAUUUUUUGCUUGAUGACGCACAUAUGCCCCACAUUGUUCAUCAUAAAAAUAUUGUACCUUUUAUGUGAAUUCCCCAUUUGCGUUUCCAUCGUUUGCACUAAUAUCACUAAUUCAAACAGAACUGAUUUCAUUUUUGGGAUAAGUUCUUUAAAAUCGAGACAAUUGAGUCUAUAUGUUACUUCUAAAAACUAUUUUUACCGAAUAUAUUUUUUAUAUCACAAAAAUGAUCAUUGCUAAUCAUUUUUAGAAUAUUUAAAAAAAUUGUCCGUUCAUGUAAACUUCAAGUUUGUUCGUGGAAACUAAUGCGCACGCUUAAUUCAGUUUAAUAUGUACUAUUAAAAAUUCGUUUUAUUCGAAAUGAAGUAUUUUUGGUGCUUGGGACGUCUUUUUUUUGCUUUUAGGUCACAUUAUGUUCAGUGUGUUAGUCACUGUAAGAUACCAAAAUCAUUAAAUUUUUGUAAUUGAUAAAAAACAGUCCAUUUUCACUAUUGUUUGUCGUUUUUAUAAUUCAAAAUGAUAAAACUAUAUACAAUAAAAUACAGUUAAAAAAAAUUCAUUUAAAAAAAUGCCCAGUUCACAUUUUUCGAAAACUUUUUAACAUCUGGAGUUGCGCAAAUGCUCAUAAUUGUAGUUUGCGCAUGCUCCAGGAUUGGUUCCACGAACAAAUGGUAAAUAUUAAUAUAUUUGAAUAUAAACACUACUUUAGAUUUAAGUUCUUGUCCAGUAAAAGGACAAUAAAACUGUUUUUGAUACCAAACUGCCAUACGAAUGCUUUUUUUUGUUAUUUUUUUAGACCUAGAUCUGAAAAUUACACGUAAGUUUAUAUAGGAGAGUUGUUUCCAAAAAUUAUAGAUAUUUUUAUACUUCAUAAAUGAUGGGUUUGAGCUUUCGUUGCAUACUAUUCGACUUUUUAUUUUGAGAUCGGCUUACAAUGCUUAAAAUAAUUAUUGUAAUGAUUUUUUCCUGUAGUUGCUUCAAUGACAGUCGUUGAUUAGUAAAACGUGAUUUUUUCGAUUGUUUCGUGAAGUAUUCCCCAGAAAAGUUGGGUGAUAUGCCGAAAUUCAGCCCUGUGAUGUAUUACCAAAGAUAUUUUUAACGUUUUGCGUUAAAUUAAAAUAACUCUACAGGGUGAUUGAUUUGUGGGGUAAAACUCAAUAGAUCCGCUAUAGUAAUAGGUAGCAAUAAAAGUUAAUAACAAAAAUUUUAGCCACCUUUGAGCUUCACAUUACAAAAUUAGUUACAAUGUUACAGGGUGUUCGAUAACACAGUGGCAAACCAAACAUGGUUUUUUUUAAUGGAACACCCCAUAUUUUAUUUUAAAUUCGAAAUCCUGUUAACUUCUCCAUCACAAAAAUAUAAAGGUUUGUUAUCUUAUUCAGGGUAUUUACAAAGUUAUAACCAAUUUUGUAUGAAAAUCGUAACAAGUUCAACUCCCUGUAUAAAUAAAAAUAAGCAAAACAGCAAUGGUUUAUUAAUGCCAUAUUUUUUUACGUAUUGUCAAAAUUUUCAAGAAUUAUUGAUAUUGCUAAUUUUCUUAAUAUUGGAUACAGGGUGAGUCAAAACGCAAGUACAUUAUUUUCUCAGUAAUUUUAAAUGGAACACCCUGUAUUUUAUGUCACUAUUGAAAAGUACUAUUACCGUACUUUAAUUUUUAGAUGACAUUCCUAUGUCUAAAUUUAUUAGUUUUCGAGAUAUUUUCAUUUUUCAAUGGACCAGUAGCGUGGCCACAUAAAUCACCAGAUUUUAAUAAACUGGACUGAUUUUUUUGGGGUUCCGUUAAUAAUGAAGUUUAUAAAAUACCUUCAACAACAAGGGAUGAGAUGAAAAAUAGAAUACAAAGUGUAUUUCGAUGUGUUAAUUUACAAAUGUUUCGUAGAGUAAGUAACUCAUUCAGUGAUCGUUUUUAGGCGUAUAAAUGUGUUGGAGAUAAUUUUGAACAUCUUAUGUAAUUAAAUAUUAAAAAUAUUUUAUUAAAAGUAGCUUCUAAUUUUUUCAUACAUGUUUUUUUUUGCAAAAUGUAUUACUGAUAAAUUAUUUUUCGUUCUUUAUUUGUUGCAUUGUUACAUUUACAUACAAUAGUAGUGUUUAAUUGUCUUCACAAAAUGUUGUAUUUUGUAUUUGUGUGUUUUUUUUUGUAAAAUUUAUUACUAAUUUUCUUUCUUUAUUUGUUGCAUUUACAUAAAAAAGUAGUUUUUAAUUGUUUCAAAAAUGUUGCGGUUGUGUUUUUUUUUUGUAAAAUGUAUUGCUAAUAAAUUAUUUUUAUUUCUUUAUUUGCUACAUUGUUAUAUUGAAUACCGGAUUGAUAGUCAGUAAUCGUCAAUUGUCAAUUCAGUCAUAGCUUACUUAAAAUUUAGAUAAAUUUAGACACCUAAAAUAAUUUGCUCUGAAAAAUGAAAAUAUCUCGAAAACUAAUAAAUUUGGACAUAGGGAAUGUUAUAUAAAAAUUAAAGUACGGUAAUGUUACUUUUUAAUAAUGAUAUAAAAUGUAGGGUGUUCCAUUUAACAUUACUCAGAAAAUAAUGUACUUGCGUUUUGACUCACCCUGUAUUUGAUAUAAAGAAAAUUAGCAAUGUCAAUAAUUCAUGAAAGACAAUAAAUAAAAAAUAUGGCAUUAAUAAACCAUUGUUGUUGUGCUUAUUUUUAUUUAUACAGGGAGUUGAACUUGUUACGAUUUUCAUACAAAAUUGGUUAUAACUUUGUAAAUACCCUGUAUAACAUAAGAAACCUUUAUAUUUUUGUGAAGGAGAAGUUAACAGGAUUUCUAAUAUAAAAUAAAAUAUAGGGUGUUCCAUUUAAAAAAUCAUAAGUUAGGUCUGCCACUGUGUUAUCGAACACCCUGUAACAUUCUAACAAAUUUUGUAAUGUGAAGCUCAAAGGUGGCUAAAAUUUUUGUUAUUAACUUUUAUUGCUACCUAUUACUAUAGCGGAUCUAUUGAGCUUUACCCCACAAAUCAAUCACCCUGUAUAACUCUCGAUAACUUUUAACGUAAAUUCCAUGUGAUGUAUCGAUCACCGUUAGGAGAUCGGUUAUUUCCCAGAAGUAAAAAGGAAGUACAGUCGGAAAAAUGAAAGAAUACCCAUGAACGAACAUAUAAAACACGCUGUAUUUUCCUGUCACCGUGUCACAAUGAAAAUUGUCCAGUGCAAGUACAUGUAAAUAAUUAUUACAUGGACUUGCGCUGGCCAAUUUUUUAUCUGAUAAGGUGACAGAAAAAUACAGCGUGUUUUAUAUGUUCGUUCAUGGGUAUUCUUUCAUUUUUCCUACUGUAUGUAUUGUUUGUCUAACAAAGAGAACCUUAUAUAGAAAUAGUAUAAAUUGGAGCGAGAAAGAGAAUGAUGAGAAGUACCACAACAUACACCAUAAAAGUAGAUUAGGUAGAGCAGUAAAAUCCCUGGAUGUUUAUAAAUUAAAAAAAAUCUUUAUUCUUGUAUCUCUCGAUUUGCCUUUUGUAUAAUUUUCUAUUUUUAAAAGUGCGUAUUACCAUUCUAUUUUUAAAUUAAUUCUGUUUUUUUAAUUUUUAAUUAUUGCUUUAAUUUUAUUAUUACCUAUAUGUUUUAAUGUCUAUUUUUCACAUAAUUUCUAAAAACAAGUCAAAAGAUGAACCUAAUGUUACAAAUAUUACAUAACUAUAACGUUAUCUCGUAACUGCAUGUAUAACGUCGCGUUAUAAAAUGACAGUUGAUACAUCAGAUAACUCGAGAAGUUAACGUUAUGAUACAUCACACCAAUAGGGCUUUUCAACAACAGUCAUUUUUUGUUUAGAGCUUCUGUCUUAUUUCGUAUAAUCCAUGCAUAUUAAUAUUAUACACAGAUUAUACAACAUAUUAUGACAGAAGCUCGAAACAAAUGACAAUCGAUAAAAAGCAAUAUUCAACUAUGAUAACUUAACUACAGGAUAACUUUACGUUAUAUUAACUUGAGUGAUACAUCACAGGGCUGAUUGUGGAUAAAAUGUUGACUGUCCUUAAUAAUUUAAUAGUCUUCAGCUUUUAUUUUUUCAGUUUUCUGAAUUUUGAUAGAAUAUUUUUGUUUAUUUUUGCAACUUUUUUAUUUACCACUAAUCUUGUAAGAUUAGUGGUAAAUAAUUAUUCAUCAUAUUUUAGGCAUUGUCAGUGAAUAUCUAGUAAAUAAGUUUAUCUACUGUAUAAACACCGGUCUAAAGUAUUCUGAUGAUGUUGUUUGACAGCUGAUUUUUCACUAAUUCGUAUUUUUAUUUUAAGUAUCGUUUAGAAAAUUCAAUUGAUCAUUUUAGUUUUUUUAAUUAGAUGUAAGUUGUAUAUAUAGUAUUUUAUGUUUUUUUGUAACGUUUUGAACGUUGCCUAGAUGAUUUUUAUGUUACUUUAACACAUUUUGUCCAAUUUUUCCACAUCUGAGGAAAUUUUCGGUUAUGUGAGCAAAAUUGAGCUCUCUGAUUAGUCGAAAUUGUGAACAUUUUUCAGUAUUAAAGUAUUGUACUGGGUGUCCCAAUAAGAAUGGCUCUCGGCCAUAUCUCAGGAACCGUUUAUAGUACAGCGUUGAGAAAAAAAUAUUUAUAACAAAAGUUGCCUCGGGAAAAGGCUGGAAAUUAUUUUCAUAAUUGUAGGUCCACCGCUAGAGGGCGUAAUUGACUAUCAAAAAUUAAAAAAUCAAAAUUUUACAAAAUUUACCUAAUGAAAGGGCACUGGAAAUCCAAUCAUCGUAUUCUUCAUAAAAUUCUGCGCAUAUUUGAUUUCACAAGUUUAAGUCUACCUUUGCAAAUAAGAGAUGGGGGUGAGUGGGAAUCAUCUUACGAAAACAACGCUAUAAAAUAUAUCAAAGAAAUAAAAGCAAGUAUGUACUUACUUAGUCUUAGUGACUGCCUAAAUUACUAAAUGUUCAAAUUGUUGCCCAUCAUUUUCGAUGCAAGCAUUUACUCUUUCAAGAGUAGAUUGAACAGUAGUCUCAAUUUCUGCUUUCGCAAUGCUUUGAAUGGCGUUUCGUAUUCUCUAGAUUCUUAGAAGAUACAUACAUUGAAAAUUAAUGUUGAAGAAAACAAAAUUUUACACAUUUUUUACGAUUUUGCCGAAACUACUGGCAACAUUGUAAUAAAACUUGGCGUGUUUUAAGAGGUAGUUAUUGUGCAUGUUUUGACAUACAAUUAAGGAUAUGAUAUUUAUCAUUGGCGCGCAUAGGGGUAAUGGUCUGAACUUUUCAAAGAAAAAAGGAUAGUACGCCACUGACAUAUUUCAAAUUAACAAUCAUUUUUGAAUUUCUCGUUCAAUUUGCGAUAAAAAACUAUGUUCUCAUUUUUUCAUACGACGCGCCGUUUUGCUGCAAAAAAUAAAAUAUCUUAACGCUUCCAAAGUAUUCGAAUUAAUUUUUAUAAUGGAUGUACGAGUUUAUGUAGAUGUAGAAACUACUAUUCUUUUUCUUAUGAUCACCUUUCAGUGCGUCAGAGUUUUUCGAUUUCUUUCUAACGCAUUAAAUUGUAUGUGACAGAAAAAAAGGCACGUCGGUGAUUACUUUGGUAAUUAUUCUAGUUCGGUGAUUAUUCUAGUUGUCGAUAGAUGGCGCCAUAAUAAAAAAAAUAUUUUUUUUAGUUAGAUAAUAAUAUUACAAAUAUAAUCUGUAUAAUUUAUAAGACUAUACAAAUCAAAGAAAAUAUCAUUUUAUAAAUGCAAGAAACACAUUUGAUUUGUUUUUAUUCCAAAUUGAAAAUAAAAUGUGACAACUGUCAGAUUUAACUAAAAUGUCAUGUUAGAAUAAAUGUCAUAAAUGUGUAUUAUCACGGACUUACCCUUUUUUAUAUCAUUUGUUACGCACUGAAAAAUGCUCAUGAAAAGGACAAUAGAAGUUCGAAUACUUUGUAAGGGUUAAGAUGUUUUAUUUUUUGAAUAAAAAUGGCGCGUUGUAUGAAAAAAAUAGGAAGAUAGAUUUUUGUCACAAAUUGAACGAGGAAUUCAAAAACGAUUGUUAGUUUGAAAUAUGUCAGAGGCGUACUAUCUUUUUUCUUUAAAAAGUUCCGACCAUUACCCCUAUGCGCGCCAAUGAUAAAUAUAAAAUUCUUAAUUGUAUAUCAAAAAAUGCACAACAACUACCUCUUAAAACUCGCCAAAUUUUAUUACAAUGUUGCCAGUAGUUUCGGCAAAAUCGUAAAAAAUGUGUAAAAUUUUGUUUUCUUCAACGCACUGUAUCUUGAAAAUGGAUGGCAUUACAAAAAAUUUUUAUUAAGCAAACCCCAAUUAUUUUUCAGUUUUUUACCUUUUCUAGUGACGGUGUUACCUUUUUUGAAAAAUAUGUAUAAAAUUGUAUCAAAAAACGAAAAAAAACCGAGAAAAUGCGGUUUUUUAUUUUUAAAGGUGCGUUUCACCAAUUUUAAAAAUUUGAAAAAAUUCAGGGUGAAAUAUUAUGCAAAAAUACACGUUAUAUAUUUUUUUCGUGAAAACGAGUGUCUUAGUUAUUUUUUAUACUCAUUUAAAAUUUUAAAAUCGUUCUAAAAUUUAAAUUUCCCGCCAAAGAUUAAAAAAAAUUUUCGGACAUAACUUUUUAAAGCUUACAACUUUUUUAUUUAAAGUUUUUCGCUAGUUCUCGAUGCGGCUGAGAUAAAAAAUAAAAACAUAAAAAGCCUAAUUAGGCUCUAGGUGGGUCAUAUGACCACCUAGGGGGCUAAAAAUUUCAGAAAGUUAGUUUCACUAUAUGUGCUAAACGGUGACCAAUAUGGAAUUCGAAUCGAGUUGGGGGCAGUUUUCAUCAUCUUACCCAGUUAGGCCCUUUGAACAUAAUAAGUAAAAGUUUAUUACAUUGCUAAAUUAAUGUCUACUCUAGAAAUUAAUAUAGAUACAAUGAUAAUUCUUUGCCUUAUCUCUGCAACACUUGCUCUGAAGGUCUUGAAGAAGGUGGCAGGCAGCAUGAUCUGCUGGGUCUGCAAUAAGGACCAUGUCGUCUUCAAACCUCAAGUUAUUCAAAAACACCCCAUUUAUGUUGAGUCCGAUAUUUUCCCAAUGAUUGUUCCUCGUAGCACUCUAUAACAAAGCGGUGGAUAGUUUAGGAGAGGUAGUGUCUCCUUGCCUAAUACCCCCUCCACGGGAAAUGUGUUUGUGUCACCAUAGUACAUUUAUAUAUAUUUCGAAGAAGAGUUGUGUACCUAUGAUCAAUACAGCACUAUGUAAGAGCUCUUAACAUGGAGCUAUGCUGGACUCUGGUGAAACGCUUUCUCGAAGUCUACAAAUAUUUUUCCUUUGUUAUAUUGUUUAUAUAAUAAUAGUCUCCCGUUUUAUACCGCUCACGUUGCUUUGGGAGUAUAGCAGGGUAGUCUGCUAUAUCUAGGGCCUACGGUAUACACGGAAGGUAACAGGGCCAGUGCUACGCUUCAACCGCCUAUUAUUACCCCUGGUUUUACCCAAGGUACUCAUUUUAUUCAGGCUGAGUCGACUGGGGCCUAUAAACAUUUUAAAAAUGUCUAGUUGUUCUUGCCGGCGGUAGGAUUUGAACUCCGGACCACCGGCACGCUAGCCUAGCACACUACCACUCGGCUACGCCGGCCCUAUAUAUUGUUUAAAGGCCAUAAAAAUCAUCUAGGCAUCAAAAAGGGCGAUAUAAACUUAAUUUUUUGUUUAUAAUUUUCACAUAUUGUAGAUUUUACUGUAAAAUUGCAUUGUAAAUAUCCGGUUUGUCGUAAAAUAGGCUUUGUGAUUGUACAGUAUGUUGAUGAUAAUUAUUUUUAUUUAUAUCGAUAUAUACAGGGUGUUUUUCAACUUCCGUGAUAACCAUUGUAAACAUUUAGCCGUGUGUAUUUUGAGAGAACGAUGAAUUACUAAUUAUCUGGUACAAAAAUGUCGGUCUCUACGACCCCUGUUUAUAUUUCUGUCACUUUCUAACCAUUUAAAGUUUUGCAGAACAGUUUUGCUUUGUAAAAUUUAGCUAUAUAUCAUUUUUAAGACAUUUUAAGAUUAUGUAGCUUUCUGUACUUUUUACCUAUUCUUUCUUAUUUGUUGCUUUAUUUUCCAAUUUGAGAUUUUAAGUUUUUUUAAGUCUUUUUUAACAUCCUUCCUCCACCGGGUUUUCGGCCUACCUUUCUUCUUCUUUUCUCCUAUUCCUCCCGUUAGUAUUCUUUGGGCAGUCUUGUGUUUAGCGUUAUUAUCUUCUCUAGACAUAUUUUUACUUCUUAAUAACUUGUUGAUGGCAAAGAUACGAUUACCAGCCAUAAUUCUCGCUUGGAUUUCUUCGUUCAUAUUUGGUCUCCUGAUACUGGAAUAUAUAUUUAUAUAUUUUUCUUGUUUACUUCUGUAUCACAGUACACUGUCGCUGAUGACAGUACUCUGUCAUCAGCGAAUGCUAGGCAUUGAUGUUUUAGUUGAUGUACAAGUCCUGUCCAGUUCAUUCAGGCUUCUUUGACGACAACUUUAAGAAGGAUACUGAAUAAUAAUGAUGACAGGAUUCCUUUGUCGCACCCCCUCCUCAUUGAUUUCAAACUUGUGUAUUUGUUUUUCAUUUAUUUUAACCAAAUUCUCUGUUUUUCGGAGUGUCACUUUUAUCAUUCUUACUAAUUUUUCACUAAUUCCUAUUUUAUGUAAUGUCUUAUAUAGUUUUUUCCGUUUUACUCUGUCAAAAGCUUGUUUAAAGGCUAUCCAUAUGGCCACUGUAUAUUUCCCAUAAUCAGAGCUUUCUGCUACUAUUUCGUACAAGAGGAAAAUUUGAUCUAUUGUCCUAUUUUGAAUACACAUUGAUAUUCUUCUAUGCCAUUAUCUUAAUUUUGUGAUAUAUCUUUUAUAAUAUACACUACUGCAACUAUUAUAUAUGCAACAUUUAGUGGCGCUGUUCCCCUGUAAUUAUGGCAUAAAUAAACUUUUGUCGCCUUUUGUAUUGCAUUAGCAUCACAAUGCUGUAUCUCUAUAAAGUGCUGGUUGCCUACAUGUGGCGUUUCACGCCAUAAAUAGGCAACCUGCAAUUCACGGUUAUUCCUUUAUCAUAGUUGAUGUUUUAAUAAGCCAUAUUUAAAGAAUUUUAUUUUAAACUCUUCAGAAAUAGUUAUUUGUUCGCCCUAGAGUUCACACGUUUAAUUUCCCUUUUUUUAUGAUUUUGUUUCCAAUGUUUCAUUGUAGUUUCUCCAUUUUCAGUCGCGAAACUGUUCUACGUAAACGAAAAAUCCCUUUAUUGUUCGUUUAACCAUAACUAUAAGUUUGUAAAGCUAGGUUUACAAAUCUUGUGAUAAUUUUUUUAUUAAAUAAUUUGUAAUAUUCGUGCGUAGACUUUUUUCUACUGAUCAGGUCUUAGCUAUUUGUUAUACAAUAAUAUAUCUGUGAUUUUAUUCAUUUAGGUAAGAUUAGUUGUAAAAUUAGUAAACAAUAAAUUUCUCUUCGUAUA